AGUUUCCCAUCCAACUGCUGGAUUAAGACAUAAACACAAUCAUAAUCAUUUGUCUGCAAGUGGUGUAUUGCAUGCCUCAAGAAUCAAACAGUGGAAGUGUUAAGAGUGAAAGUGUGAAGAAUAACAAGUGGAUGAGAGGAGAAUUGGUGUGUAGACUGAGAACCAAUUAUAUAUCCCCUGAAGAUAUAGAAGUCUAUCUCUGGAUGAGAUAAUCUGGGCUGUGGGUCUUCUUCCUCAUCCCUUUCUCCCCAACAACUGGAUAAUAUCAUAAACACACACACACACACACACACACACUUUGAUGAUUACAUCCUUGUGGGGCUGGUGCAAUGGACUUGCGACAGGAUGGCCAACUGACUUUCUUGACCCCACCCCCCCACAUGCCCACCCCCUAUUUGGAUCCCAUCCCUUUGCCUUUUCUUCCCUAUUUAAAACACUUAGGCAUCUGAUUCAACUGGAGAAAAGAAAAAAAGUGCAGUAUCAGAAGCAGAAGUUGUGACUGGUAAUCUGCUUGUUUGAUUGUUUGAAGCUCUUCAAGCAUUUCUUUAGGACAAACACACACACACACACACUCAUGGAAGCUGCUUUGGAGUUAGAGGAUGAUGUUUUCUUUAAAGACUUGAGCAGACAAAUCUCUCUUCUCAUCAUGGAUGAUGAUGAUGAUGACGACUCACUUGCUCAUUGUCCAUCUGUCAAUCUACAGGGUUUCAACCCAGCGUUAAUUCGUCCGGUAGCACAAGCGUCAAUCCUGAACUACGAGCAUCAACCGAGCAGCAAAAGAGAAAGCAAAGGCACGGGAGUUUUCAUUCCUCGUUCUUCCAACCCUAGAAGGAAAAAUGCCAAACAAGGAAGAACAUUCACAGGAUCAGGAACUUAUAAGUCUCAAAGGCCUUCCGACCAUAACUCAAGAGGGGUUAUUACCCAUUAUAGUAACAACAUCAUUCCCUCGCAUGAUCACUACUCAUUCAACCUUAGAAGAUUUUGAUGUCAAAAUCAUUACAAGAAAUUAAUCAAUUAUAUAUAUGUGCUGUAAUGACCCAAUAAAAGCAAUUGAAGUAUUCAGAUCGUGUUGACAGGCUAUAUAUAUGGCCGUCGGAAAUUUUAUGUGUAUCAAUUUGUUGUGGAGGUUAAUCUUUGUGCCUCUCUUGUAAUAUUGGAAAUUCAUGUAUUGAUUGUUCUAAAUUUUAGGAUCUGAAUGAUAUAUAGUGUAGUAUUAACUAUUUUUAGUCA